GGAAAUUUUUAUUCAUAGUGAGGAUCUUUUGCUGCAUAUUAUUCAUUGUGCAUCAAAUCAGGUCGAUCGCAACACUUGCUAUCACGACGUUGUUGAAAACAGGUGCUGAAAGCAGUGUGGAACGUUUGAUGAAGCAGAUUAGCUCUUUCGUAUCGGAGAUUAGUGAUGAAUUCAAAAUUGUUGUUGUCGACGCCAUCCGUUCUCUGUGUGCCCGUUAUCCAAGAAAACAUGCAGUCAUGAUGCCUUUCCUCGCCAAUAUGCUGAGGUAUGGAACUUCUUCACUGAAUGAUGGCGGAUACGAAUACAAGAAAGCAAUUGUUGAGACAAUCAUUGCCAUCGUAGAAGAAAAUCCGGAUGCAAAGACGGCUGGUCUCGCCCAUCUUUGUGAAUUCAUCGAGGAUUGCGAACACGAUAGCUUAGCUACUCGGGUAUUGCAUCUUCUUGGCAGAGAAGCUCCGAAGACGCCAAAUCCCUCGAGUUAUAUCCGAUUCAUUUACAAUCGCGUCAUCUUAGAGAGCACUAAGUUUACGAGUUUACGAAAGCAGCUGAGUGCUUCUCAGGUACGCGCGGCGGCUGUUACAGCGCUAGCGAAAUUCGGUGCGCAGUGUGCAGAGCUUCGUCCUUCAAUUCAAGUAUUGCUGAAGAGGUGCUUGCUGGAUAGUGAUGACGAGGUAGGGUACUUACACACAAUUACAAAACAUUGAUA